GAGGGGCGGGCUGGUGUGAUGAUGUCAGAGACACUCCCUCGUUUCUCAUCUUCUUUUCCUUCGUCUCUCCCCAUUUCCUGUCACCUGCAUGGUGCUGACUCGUCCUUCUUCCUCGUCCGCGACUCUCCACAGGAAGUGAUGCGUAAUGGAACUCUGAGCUCUCUCACUCAGCCUCUCUAUCUCCACCUGCUACACUCUGGCUCUGCCUCUUCAUUGUCUGUCAACUGUAGCUAUGGUAACAUCACUGCCGAGGCACUGGUACCUCCGGAACUCAUCCAUAGGGCGUGGUCGAUUCCUAGAGUCGGCCCCGCCUCUUCGUCUAAACCUUUUUUGGGAUGGAGAGUGAAAGCUCACCUGCUGAGCUCAUCAAUAGGGGUGGACCAACCUCAGGUGCAUGUUUUGUUCUAUCUGAUUGGACACAGGUGGAAGGAUGCGGAGCUUCCUCUGGAGAACUUGCCGUGUGUACUCGUCGUGGGGACACGCGAGCAAUCAGACAGCUCCGUCUCCGCAGCUUGCAGACUGCAGGGCAUUCUGGGAAUGUGUGUGGUCCAGCUGGGCGUGCCCACUUCCUGGUUCAGUCCGGUGCUGAGCCGCAGACGGCUGCAGGAGCCAGCGAUGGAGCUGCACUACUCCCUGUGGCCUGCAGAGGGCGGGAACGGCGAGUGCCCAGGGGGUAGGGAGGGAGGGAAGGGUGUAGGGGACAUGCGGCGCAUCGGGAUGGUGACCCUGACCUCCGGGGACAGUAAGAGAGACGGGAUGAGGGUGAGACUGGAUCAGAAUGUGGAGAUCGUCACACCGUCUCGUCCUGUCAAACAGGGACAGAAUGUCAAAUUCAGGAUCCUGUUGAACACCGCAUCCAUGACUGAACAACUCACACUUAGGGCACAGUACGGUGAAGGCAUCAAUUUCGUAUCGGUGAAGCCCAGUAACCUGGCAACGUGGGAAAUCAAACAGGAAGUUGCUCCAGGCUCCGCCUCCUUUUCCAUAUUCUGUGAGAGGAAGACCAGUUCGUCCAGUGAGAGGAUGGACGCCUCCUUUGAGGAGGUGAUGUUGGUGGAUUUUGAGAUGGAUAACUUCAUCACACUGCAGGUGUCUCACUCUGUCCUCUGGAGGGUCGAAUAUCCAUCUACAGGAGAAACGGCCGAAUCCGUCACACUCGUCUACGUCAGACAGAGGGACGUUCUGGGCAUCGUCCCACUCGCUGAGGAUACAGAGAUCCUGAACACAGCAAUUCUCACUGGUCAGCGUGUGUCGCUUCCUGUGAAGGUGGUCACUGUGGAUCAUGACGGGACUGUGCGAGAGGUCGAUGAUCCAGUAACCUGCAGGUCUACUGAUGAGGAUGUCCUGAAGGUCUCUCCGGCCUGUGAUGAGGUGUUAGUGAAUGGUAAAGAGAUGAGGGGGCGUGUCUCUGUGCAGGUGAACUUUACAUACCUGUAUCUGAACAGCCAAUUAGAGUUGAGCGUCUGGGUGCCACGGUUACCGCUACAGAUUGACGUCUCUGAUGUGGAACUGAGUCAGGUGAAAGGAUGGAGAGUCCCCAUCACCGGAAACAAGAGGCCGACCCGGGACAGUGAGGAUGAUGAUGAUGAUGAGCGUAAAGGGAAAGGAUGCACGCUGCAGUAUCAGUACGCUCUUGUUCGGGUUCUCACACACUUCGUGGCCGAACCGAGCGACCCCGCUGAUGACCUCAUCCACAUGCUGGGACCUGAUUGGUUGGCAGACAUAACAGACCUGGUGCUGGAUUUCCUGAAGGUGGAGGACGAGCGAAUUGCACGACUCACAGAUGGAAGAGUGUUAAUGGGGAGGGACCUGGGCAUCACCACCAUACAGGUGAUCUCUCCUCUGUCGGACUCGAUCCUGGCUGAGAGAACCAUCACGGUGCUGGAUGAUAAAGUCACCGUCUCCGAUCUCGUUGUUCAGAUUGUUGGAUCUCUCUCUCUCUCCCUUCAACUCAGUCCACAGCACAAUAAUGUCAUUUAUAUCACUGCUACUGCUAACAACCUGCUACACACACACAAACAGGAAGCAGUAAUCAGCGCAUGGAUUCAAUACAGCGAUGGCUCUGCGACGCCUCUCGACAUCUACGACCCUAAAGACUUCACGCUAGCUGUGACCUCACAGAAUGAGCACAUAGUCUCCACCAAUCAGGAUCAGCUUCAUCCCUGGCCCAUCGUGACGGCUGAGCAUGAAGGUCAAGGGUCACUGGUGCGUGUAGAGAUGCUGAUCUCCGAAACGUGCCAGAAGUCCAAGAGGAAGAGUGUGUUAGCAAUGGGUGUUGGAAGUGUUCGGGUUAAAUUUGGCCAGGAAGAGAAGAGUAGGGUGCAGGUGGAGGGAGGAUACAGUGAUUUGGACAAUGGCACCAGCGAACAUAAACAGGAUGUCCAGGUUUUAGAAGAAGAUAACGAUGGAGGUGGAUGGAAGUUCACGAACGCAGAGGAAGUUGCACUUAGGAAGGUCAGUGGCACUACAAAGUCAGCCAUAACCAAUCAGGGGAGCAAUAAUGAAGCAUGGGGGGAGGGGCAAAUCAAUAAUCCCACCCAGGAUGAAAUCCCUAGUGACGAGCUCACUGCAAACCCACGGCAUCUUUCAGACCUCGAGAUCGGCAUGUACGCGCUGCUCGGUGUCUUCGGCCUCGCCAUCCUCGUCUUCCUCAUCAACUGCAUCAGCUUCGCCUUCCGCUACCGACACAAACAACUUCCUGUUUUGGACCGCAGCACUCUUAACCAUGCCCAUGACUGGGUGUGGCUCGGGAAUGGGGCAGAGCUUCAAGAUCGGCAUCACGGCGACGCUGAGCUCACUACAACAGCCAUCGACCGGAAUGAAGGUGUCGAGGAAAGCAAAUUUCUGCUGAACAUGAACCUGAAUGGGGGCGGGUCUCAGAAAAGAAGCUCCACCCACACACAGGAAGGGGCAGAGCCGAGCGUGAAAAAGAGAGUGAAAUUCACACCUUUCACAACAGUCAUGACGGACGAGAGCACGCCGUACGCUAACGUGAUAGGAAAUGAAGAUGAUAUAAAGUGGGUGUGUCAGGACGUGGACAUGGGGACGUAUAUGGAGAGACUACAAGACAAUCUGUGAAUAAAGGAAUAAAAACAUAAGAGAGAGAGAGAGAGAGAGAGAGAGAGAGAGAGAGAGAGAACAGACUCAAAACAAACUCACCUGUAAUGCCUUUGCAUGGAGGAGGAAAAAUUCAUCCACGCCGGAGUGAGAAAGAAGCGGGGAAAAAAACAUGAAAAUAAUGAAAUGAACGAUGAACAGAUAAAAGUUUAUUUAUUGCUUUUAUUUCAUAAAGUGUUAAAGAGGAAGUUUAAAUACACAGAGAGUGAAAAAAGCACAGAGAGAUAAAGAAAGAAUGACAGAAAGAGAAGAACAAGAGUAUUACAGAAAGUCCAAAAGCAACAAGGCAGAGAGAGCGAGACAGGAGAGAGAGACAGGAGAGAGAGAGAGAGAGAGAGAGAGAGAGAGACACACACAGGUUGUUAUUAAAAUCGAUUUCUUCUUCCUGUUUUUAUUUUGGUCUUGACGUCACUGAUUUUUUUGGCUGAAGUUAUUUAUUUACAGGAAAGUUGAUCAGCUUUAGAGCCGAACCUGCAAACACUGUUCACUACAUACUGUUAUUACAGUACUGUUAGUACAGGAUUUCCCACAAUGCACUGCAGCAAGAUAAUGUAGAAGUGACGUAUACAGACUAAAGCUACACAUUGAAGGGAACGUUAUUGAUGAAUUAUUAACAGAAAUUCUAAACACAGUUUGAUAUUUUUGAGAACUUGCAGAACUUGUCCACAUGUAUACGGAGAGAUCCUCUGAUCAGGGGCGUUAACGCCGCCAGUUUAGUCAGAACAGAUUACGCUAAUGUGAAAGCUGUUGUGCGCACCAGGAAGCGCACCGUGGUACCGAACCCGAGACUACCUGUAGAAGGUGCCGUGAGUUCGGCUGCACCGGAACUGAUCUGCGAUUCCCGUGAAUGUGAACGCAGCUCGUACUCGGGUCCGCUUACUCGGGUUCUCAAGUUCGUUACUCGUUCAGGAAGUAAAGUAACCUGUGUGUGAUGACAUCAUUAGAUUCCACAGCACAUUGAGUGGCAGGGGAACGCUGUGGGACACCGUAAAGGUCCAUAAUAAAAAAGCAAAUAAUAUAGUGAACGCACCGGGGUUUGAUAGAAUCAAGUGAAGGUGAACCCAGAACAACGCUGCAGGGGGAGCAGUCGCACUCGGAUUCGGACCGCGGCGAACACGCCCAGUGUGAAACCCACCUAAAAAACACACACAGUGCUUUGGGAAUAUUUCUGUCCAUUCAAAAAUGAUCUGUAUUACCUCGUGUUCUUCCGGGUCUGAUCCUAAAUCUGGGUUCUCAGUGUGGUUUGUAGUGCCGGAGCGGUGCACUAAUAACACACGCUAAACAUGCUAAACGCACGCAACAGACAAGCAACAGACGUACAGCUUGACGUGAGUUUUAAAAUUUCUCCAUCUUGAAGAAGCUUCACUUUCAGUAAAUAUCCGUAUACGUGUGGACGCAGUCUGGAUGACUUGACGUGGUUGGAAACGUAUUUAUCUGUGUGAGGUCAAGGAGCGGGAUUACUCCAUGCCCUCAGUUAGCACGCUAACACAGGUUACACAGCAGAUCAUUAAUUAGACCCCAAAGAUUAGACCUGUUGCUACAAUUAGAUAAAUUUAUAACCAAAAAUUGACUCAGUUGUAAAAUGUGAAACUGUUGAUGGAGUAAAUUCCCAUAAUGCACUGUGGCAGGGAGAUAAUCUGGAUGCUGAGGGACACCGAAUGAGAGAAAGGAAGAGUGACAGAAGAAGGAUUAUGCGUCUGAUGGCGGUGUUUUACACGACUGCAGCCUGUGUUCAGUAAAAAGAUCUGAUCUGAUCUGAGAUCAGCGUUUAAUCCACUGAACUGUGUAGCAGCUGAUUCACACAGACUGAGCGACUGACUCGGGAUCAGUCCGGACCGUAACGAGCUUCCGUACAGAAACACACACACACCCACACACACACACACACACACACACACACAGUAGCCAUGACAUGUCCAAUCUGCGAUUAUAAUCUGUGUAACAAAUGUUUAGAUCUGUUUUUUUUAUCUAGACCUGAUGUACAUGUUCUUUUUACACGUCUAAGAUCCUGCACAUCACUUCCUGUCAUUUUCUCCUCCCCCCUCUUCCUGAUUGGUUAAUUUAUUGAACUGUUUUUUUCAGGGGAGAGAUCGCCCUGCUGAAUGCUCAGGUGAAACAUAUAUUCACAAGCGUUAACGUUUAAAUGUAGAACUGUAAGAAUGCAAUAUUUAUUUGUAAGUGUAUUAUGGAAAACAAUAGGAUGUAAAUAAAGUGAUGACGAACUUCUUGUGAAUAUUAAAGAGGACGAGGCAGUUUGUGUGUUUUACCUGUUAGAAGAUUCACUAUUUUAACCAAACAACAUUUAUAUCCUUAUAAAAUAAAAAUGUUUAGACUGCUCAUGUGCUGACAGUCAGUCUUCACUUAAACAUCAUUUUAUACAAAUAUAAUAAUAUAUGAACGUGUUUAAUAUUUAUUCAUUUAUUUAUUCACAAACUCCUGUUUUAAUUUCA